CGGUGGGGCCGACGCCACCGAUGAGGCGGAGGAGCGACGUGGCCGUGGCUGCACGCUGCUCUCCCAGCGUGCCACGGUGCGCGUGCUCGCCCGCUUUGAGGCCGAGGCCUCGGAGGGCUCGGGCCUGCGCACGCCCAUGCUGGGGCCCGACUGGCUGCUGGACGUGAGCGAGGUGGUGGCGCGCGCCGGCCUGGUGCGGGUCGCCAAUCCGGCCGUGGCCGAGGUGCGGCAGCAGCCGGGCCUCGUGGUGAUCGCCCGGGAGGCCGGAGUCACCGCCGUGCAGGUGGUGUCGCCGCUGUCGGAGGGCGUGCACGGCGAGGCGCCGCUGUCCGUGCUGGAGGAGCGCGUGGCGCUCGCUGCGCUGCGUCUCCUCCUGGUGGGCGGCCUCUCGCUCACCGUGGGCGCCGCGCCGGGCCCACUGCCCGCCGUGCUCGCCAGCGUCGCCGCACAGCGCCUGCACGCCCACAAGCAGGAGGCGGUGCUGAACGCGUGGCUCGAGUUCAGCGAUGACACGGCCGCCCCGCUCGACAUCUACGACCCGGGCUCCUUCUCGCUGACGCUCACGUCGCUCGACGAGUCCGUGGUCUCCGUGCGCGCUCCGGCUCCCCGGGGGGGCCGGGGCGACGGUGACCCCUGGGUGGGUCCGACGGUGACGGCCGAGGGCGAGGGCCGCGGCGACCUCCUGCGCGCCGAGCUCGGCGUGCCGGACGUCUGCCAGAAGUCGAAGCGCAGGAGCGGCGUCGUGGCGGCGAGCACCUGCGCCGUCAACGUCAAGUUCGGUGCUGCCGCCGCCGGCGACGACUUCGGAGAUUACGGCAGCGACGCUGACGGCGAUCCGCGUGGCGGCGACAGACGGCCUCCGCCGCCUCCGAUAUCGUCUCCACCACCGGGCCUCCCCGUGGCGUCGGAUGAGGGCGAUGAGAACAGCCGCGGGGUCGCUGACGCCUCCUCCUCCGCGGGGUCGACUGCGACGACGACGACGAUGGUGGCGGUGACGACGAGCAGCGACGAGCGAUUCCGCGGCAUCCCCGACGACGUCGACUUGGAGAGGAGCUUCCCGGGGACACCGCGCAGCCGCGAGCGUGGCGACGACGACGACGAGGACGAGGAGGAGGAGCCGGACGAGCAGCGGGAGGCCGUGAUGACGUCGGAGGACGACGACGACGACGACAACGAACUGGGGAACGACGCGGUGCGCACCGAGGUGCCGCCGCCACCGUCGCCGCGCUCCCUCACCGACCUGGAGAUCGGGAUGUACGCGCUGCUCGCCGUCUUCUGCCUCGCCAUCGCCGUCUUCCUCGUCAACUGCUUGACCUUCGCCCUGCGCUACCGCGGCGCCGGCGGCAAGAAGGCGCACGGGGCGGGCGGCCCCGCGGCGGCGGGGGGGGCGACCGCCAACGGCAGUGAGCGCUGCCCGUCCGGCGCCAAGCCUCGCCGCCCGCACGACUGGGUUUGGCUCAACCAGCCGCAGCCGCGCUCGCCCACGCCCACCGACGUGACGCCCACCGACGGCGGCGGCCCCCCCGGCCGUGGCGGCCGCUCCGACGCGGCGCCGCUCGGACCGGGCGGCGGCGACGGCGCCGAUGCCGGCGGCGGCGGCGUCGGUAACGGCGUCGCGGAAGCCUCGCUCAACUCGCCGACGUCCAAGCGCAAGAGGGUAAAGUUCACGACGUUCGCGGCCGGAGCGCCGGACGCGGCGGCGGCGCCAUCGGCGUCGCCGCCGCUGCCGCCGCCGCGACCGCCGCCGUCCCCGCCGGCCGUGGGCGCGAGCGCGGAGGACCUGGAGUGGGUGUGCCGCGACAUGGGACUGCGGGAGCCCGACGCCUUCCGGAACUACAUGGAGCGCAUCAAGGAGCGCGUGUGACUGCGUCGGGGGCACAGAGGGGCGCGAGCUGCGGUCGGAAGGUCGCGAGUUCGAGCCCUGGGCCAGGGAGCCCGCGCAACGAACUUUGCCGGAAGGCGGCGGCGGUGGUGAGAAUACGGAUGGACUGGGCCCCCCGCCGUGUGAAUGUGGAGUUGACACCGCUGGCUCGGGACCGUCGUUAAGGGAUAGAAGCCGCCGCAGCACCCCCCCUCCCUCCGCCCGCGCGGUGCCCGCUGGAACCGUGGGAGACGCUCUGACUGCGCCGUGGGUGCCGUUCGCUCGCGACGCCGAGCGGUGCCGACCCUGGAUCGUGAGCCGCGGCUUCGCGUCACUCGAGGCGCCACCGCUCACCGCAACGUUAAGUAGAAGAAGAAGAAACAGCACGCACAACCCAUUCUCCUAAAUGAAUCGCGAUCCUCAAUCCAGGUAGCUGAGCGAUGUCGCCACGGCGGGAGUUGAGUGGUGGUGGUGGUGGUGGG